GGCUUGGGGGGACGACUUCGGGGGGCGGGGUUAGCGGACAGCCUCGUGGCAGUCUCGAGACUCUGCUGCCCAGCAGGAAGGUGUCAUGUCUGCAGGUUUCCAACCUAAGCCGUUCCGUGAUUCCUGCCUUCUCCACGCCUGUCUGAAGGUCACCCUGUCAGAGAAGCUGAAGAGUCAGGAUUUGACUGAAACACGUCAUUGAAUAUUCUCUGAAUAUUGUCAUCUUUUACCACCCCACCACAUCCCUGAAAAUUGACCUGCUGUUCUGAAAACUUCACAUUUCUUCAGAGUGGGCAUUGUAGCCUGUUUGGAGAAGUCUGCUCGCCUGGAGACAGUAGAUGGAAAAUCUGUCUCUGGAAUAGAGAUCUUCUCUCUUACUGAGGUGAAAACAACUGAACAUAGGAUUGUAUUUUUGCCUCUUCCAAAGUGAACACGUAGAGGGUCCCAUUUUUCGACGUGCCUUUUUGAAUGCCUCUGCAAUAAAGAUGUCUCACCACAUGAUGAACAGCUCCACAUUGCCGACCACACAUCCUGAACAUCACCAUUCCACAGCGUCUCCGGGAGGUGGUCAUGGAUCUGGGAUGAUGAUGAUGGCGAUGACUUUCCACUUCAGCUACGAGAAUGUGCCCUUGCUGUUUUCUGGUCUUACAAUCAAUACUCCUGGAGAAAUGGCCGGUGCUUUUGUGGCCGUCUUCUUCCUAGCCAUGUUCUAUGAAGGCCUUAAGAUUGCCCGGGAGUGUCUGCUCCGCAAAUCCCAGGUCAGCAUUCGCUACAACUCCAUGCCAGUGCCAGGUCCCAAUGGCACCAUCCUGAUGGAGACACACAAAACUGUUGGGCAGCAGAUGCUGAGCUUCCCUCACCUCCUACAGACUGUACUGCACAUCAUUCAAGUCGUGGUCAGUUACUUUCUUAUGCUGAUCUUCAUGACAUACAACGGAUACCUCUGCAUAGCCGUGGCAGCAGGGGCAGGGAUGGGUUACUUCUUCUUCAGUUGGAAAAAGGCAGUUGUUGUGGAUAUCACUGAGCACUGUCAUUAAUACUGGAACUGCCCAGAAGCCCCUCCAUCCCACUGCUCUCUUAAAAUGCAGCCAUCAUGAAGACUGGAUCAUCCUAAGCUGAAAGAAAAGACAUAACAAACGUCUGCUGGAGUUCACCACAGGUUCCUAGCUGGGGUGCAGGGAUGUGAGAAAGUGGGAUAUGCAAGACCCCCAUGCUGCAAGUGGGCAGCUCAGGAGUCCCACAUUAGCUGUCCUUGGCUAGAAUUUGCUUUAGUCUCAGAUUAUGCCAUGACAGAAAUGUAGAGUUUAUUCUUUUUUUUUUUUCUUUUUUUUUUUUUUAAAGAAACAUUUUAUUCCUAAAUUGUAAAUGCUUGUCUGUGAGGAUUUUAUGAACAGUAGUUAAAAAUGAGCAUCACCAAUGGAGCCAAUGUGUGCAAAUGGCUAUUUUGUUUUUUUAAUAUGUACACGGUGCCAGUGGAGAUUUCCCUGCCAUUGUGGCUUUUGGGGCCAAUGACACCUUCUAACACAGAGGUUUGCAGAGGAAGACGUGCUGCUCAUCAGACACACUCAGGUCUGUUCCAGUGAGUGAGAACUUGGACAGAAGUAUGUGAGCCUUGUGCUCUGGAGGGUCGAGAUGAGUCUGUCCUCCAAGCCCACCACAGUAUGAAUGUUGCUAGAUUUCAGAUGCAUUUUACUCAGUGGUUUUACUCGGCUUCAAGUGCUAACAUUUCAGUUUGGCUGCUUUCACAUCCGAAUUGUUGCAUUGUAUGGGGUAGGUGCAGGACAAAAAUUGCAUAUUUACAGGGCAAGAAGAUUUUAAAUAGACCAAUGAACCUGUAUUAACUUCAGGUUCGGUUGCACCUGAAUGUGUCUAGAGCUAGACUUCUAGCUUACUAAUACUAAUUCUGUAAAUGAAGCAAGAGAUAAAUAUUAAUUUAAUUACACUAAAAGCUAAAAUGUCAUAACAGGGUGUUUCUUGAGUAAAAUGAGUGAAAUAAAAUAACUGUGUUCCUGUAAGAGAGAAAUUUGAGGAAGAGAAGAAAGAAACAUUGGGGCUACAGCAGUCCUUUGUUAAUUCAGUUAAUUUGGAGUUGCUUGGGCUGAUUUAAAAAAAAAUUAAUGUCAAAAGUAAAUGACUCCUUAGUAAUCAUGCUGUGACUUUGUUAGCUUGGAGGUGCAAGAGGUGACAGUACCAAUGGUGGGCACCUGUAGUAGCACAGUCAAGAACUUUCCGUUCAGGCUAUGAGCUUUACACAUUUCACAGGCAAACCAGGGUAACUUUCUGGAUGGGUGAGGCCCAGAAAUUGCUUUGGGAGCAGUUUUGUUUUAGCACUUAGUUGUUAAACUGCUCGUGUUGCAGAAAGUUAGAGUACAGUGCAAAGCAGAAGACUCUUCUGCCCAGGAUGCCCAAUUUCUGCCUGUAAAUGGCAGAAAAGGGGGAUACUGGUAUUUUUUAGAUGGCUAAGGUAAAACAGGCACCACUUGGACUGAUAACUAGGAUGUGCCAUGUGAGAACAGGAAAUCCUUUUAAGUGUCUGGGCACAUGCAGUAGCAGUUCUUUUCUCUGAAGGUGCUACUAGUCACACUGUUACCAGCAGCAGAGUAAGGAAAGCUGACCUUUGUGAAGAGGGGUUUAGGCUCCUUUAGCCUGUGUGCCUUAUGCAGCCAGGCCCAGCCUUCUGUCUGUGCUGCUCCUGCUGCCACCAAUGGAGCCUAAUUUCUUUGCAAGGCAGCAGGAAAUCUGUGGCUGCUGCUGCUGGGCAUCCUGCUCAGCUCUUGAAUUGCACCGCCUCAAGUUAGCCUUCCUGUGGGUGGCCCCAGGCAUUUAAUUAUCUGCCUUGUUUUCUUUGGGCAGUGCAAAUACUGAACAAAGGAGAAGAAUUAAAAGCAAGCUCAGCUUUAUAGUUUCUUUCUGUAGCAAAUUUGCAUCCGAGUGAAAGAAGCUUUCACAGAAAAGUUCUGGACACCUCCUGACAAAUAGGAAAAGCUCUUCCAGAUCUCUGGAGGGAGUUACGUUUAGAGCAGGCCACAGAAGGACAUAGGUAGACCAUAGGAUGCUCUUUUUUCUGCAUCUGUCACAAAGGAAAAACCUGAGUCUCUAAGCAAUCCUAUUUCUCUGUGAGAGUGGAAUACAGACUCUUCAAUCUCAGUGUGUGAGCUGCGAGGACAUCUUAGUGCCUGUGAGUGAAACACAGCAGUGUUGGAGUUGGCUGUGUUCUGAAAGAGGGAGAGACCUGUCCUGUAGAGACCUCAUCUCUGGUUUGAGUUCAGAGCUGAUGUUCUCAGCACCAGUCUGUGGUUUUCCUUGAACAAGCUGUUGCUGUUGCAGGGAUGUGUGACUGUAGUGUGUCAUGUACCUCUUCCUAUAUCAUUCUCUAAAAUAAAACUUCUGCUUGACUUGAUCUUGCUAUCAGUGAAGCUUUUUAGCCACCUUUCCUUUUGCAUUCAAGUGUCCAGACUUGAAUUCUCUGAUUAUUCCAAUCAGAGAAGGAUAAAUUGGGGACUAUGCAAUAGCUGUGGCUUUUACAAUAGAAGUUCAAUUCUGCUAGCUUUUCUGCAUCAUUGUACGUGCAUCCUCCCUUGAAAUCAUCUCUCUCUUGAUGAGUAACUGUUGACAAUCCAGAAAAGCCAUGUACCUCCCUGCACCCCAGCCUCCCUCAGGCCCACCAGAUGCCAUCAGCUGCACUGUUGGCCCAGGCUGCUGUUUGCUUCCCCAAACAGAGCAAAACCUGGCCACCCUGAUGAUGACUUGCACUGACUGCGUUUGAUGCAGUCCUGGCCUUUAUGCUGGCUGUAUUUAAAGCUGUCCUGUUGUUAACACUAAACUUGUGUUGAGUGGUGCUUGGAGGGAGAUGAGGACUCUAAGUAAAUUCUAUUUGUAUGCCAAUAUAUGUAGCAUGCUUAGAAUGUGAUUCCCGUGUUUGUCUCUGCGCGCACCCUGACGUUUUGUCCUGACACGCUGUGCCUCUGGAUUACCAGCUUGGAAGAAAUGCACAGGGUAUCCAGGCUGUGUUCAUCUGUGGGCUUCUGUUGUUUUUCUCCCAGUGCCUUCUCAGUUGGUCUGGAGCCAGUCCCAACAGAUCCAAAAGGAUGAUAGUUUUGUUUACAGUGGUCUGUCACUUUUGAUUUUACUCUUGCUCUUUGUGAAGGUAACUUGUCUAGUAACAUAUCGAAGAUCUCCUGUAUAUAAUUAACUAAUAAAAUAGAUUGCAUUUUA